AUGACCGACGAACCAACGCUUUCCGUGGAAGACACGCUUGCUGCCCUCAGGGCCGUCGGCGAAGCCACACGUUUGCGUCUUAUCGCAUUGCUGGCCGAAAGCGAGCUGACCGUGAAAGAUGCGACAGCGAUCCUCGGACAGAGCCAGCCGCGCAUCUCACGCCAUUUGAAACUUCUUGCCGAAGCGGAUCUGAUACAGCGAUUUCCUGAAGGGUCGUGGGUGUACUAUCGCCUGGCGGAUGGCCCUGAAGGUGAACUUGCGAGGGGACUGGUUGAACGUAUUUCCAGAGAAGAUCCCGUUCUUGCCGCUGAUCAGGAACGUUUCCGGGCCAUUCGCAAGGCCAAGGCGGAGGAGGCUGCUUCCUACUUCGCCGCACGUGCGCUCACCUGGGACAGGGAACGCUCCCUGCACGUUUCGGAAGAUGACGUGGAAACAGCCAUGCAAUCAGCGCUCGGGGAUACGCCGUUCCAGUCGUUUCUGGAUCUGGGAACGGGUACGGGCCGGCUGCUGGAAGUCUUUUCGGAACAGUAUUCCUCGGCGCUUGGCAUUGAUGCGUCGCACGACAUGCUGGCGGUGGCACGGGCAAAUCUGGCAAAAUCAAAACUUGGCAACGCACAGGUACGCCAUGGUGACGUCUAUGCCCUGAAUGUACCACCGCGGUCUUUCGACGUUGUCGCGAUCCAUCAGGUUCUGCACUUUCUCGAUGAACCGGCGCGGGCACUUGCCGAAGCUGCACGUGCCCUGCGGCCCGGCGGCCGCCUCAUGAUCAUCGACUUCGCACCGCAUGAACUGGAGUUUCUGCGCGACAACCAUGCCCACCGCCGGCUCGGCUUUGCCCAUGACCAGAUGGAGCGCUGGCUGGAGGCUCUUGAACUCGAUCUGGAACAGGUCACCGACCUGGUUCCGGGAGACGACACAGAAAACAACCUAACCGUUACGCUUUGGCUUGCCCGGGAUCGACGCAUCGUCACCGAUUGGCCCGCGCGCGACACGUCCCGAGAGGCCGCUCUAUCGCCAAUUACGGCGUCCUUUGAGUUCUUCCCUCCGAAGUCCGACAAGAUGGCUGAAACGCUCUGGGGCACGGUCAAGCGGCUGAAGCCGCUCAGCCCGUCCUUUGUUUCCGUAACCUACGGCGCAGGUGGUUCGACGCGGGAGCGGACCCACAAGACAGUCGAGCGCAUCCUGGGGGAAACUGACCUCAGCCCUGCUGCCCAUCUCACAUGCGUCGGCGCGUCUCGCGAAGAAGUCGAUGCCAUCAUCGAGGACUACUGGAAACUGGGUGUGCGCAAUCUGGUUGCACUGCGCGGGGAUCCGCUGGAAGGUAUCGGCAGUCGCUAUGUGCCCCGGGAGGAUGGCUAUGCCUAUGCUUCCGAUCUUGUGGCCGGGAUCAAGAAAAUUGCCGAUUUCGAUAUUUCCGUUUCCGGAUAUCCUGAAAAACACCCUGAAAGCGGCAGCUGGCAGAGUGAAAUAGACAACUUGAAACGCAAGGUUGAUGCGGGUGCGGACCGGAUCAUUACCCAGUAUUUCUUCGACAAUGACAUGUUCGAUGAUUAUCUGGAUCGGAUCGCAGCGGCCGGGAUCAACGUCCCGGUGAUUCCCGGCAUUCUGCCGAUCCACAAUUUCGAGCAGACCAUGGUGUUCUCGGCCAAAUGCGGAACCAGCAUUCCGUCAUGGCUCGCCCGCAGGUUUGCCGGCCUUCACAACGACCCGGAAACACGGAAACUCGUUGGCGUGGCGAUUGCCUGUGAACAGGUCAUGGAUCUGGUCGACCGAGGUAUCAACGACUUCCAUUUCUACACCAUGAACAGGGCUGAUCUGACCUACGCGAUCUGCCACAUGCUCGGCAUGGGACAGCAGGCACCGGAGAACAUGGCAGAAAUACCCGUGAUCAAGUCCGACGCCCUAGUGCGACUUCGCGACCUCGCCAAGACCCGUAUCCUCGUGCUUGACGGUGCAAUGGGAACCGAAAUCCAGGACCUGAAACUGGACGAGGCCGGUUAUCGCGGCCAACGCUUUGCCGACUGGCCGAGUGACGUCAAAGGCAAUAACGACCUUUUGAGCCUGACCCAGCCCGAUGCGAUCCGGAAGAUCCAUGUCGACUAUCUGGAGGCUGGGGCGGACAUCAUCGAAACCAACACGUUCUCCUCCACGACGAUUGCCCAGGCCGAUUACGGUAUGGAGGAACUUGCCUACGAACUUAACCUGGAGAGCGCCAGACUUGCGCGCGAAGCCUGCGAUAUCGUCACGAAUAAGGACCCUGCGCGUCCCCGUUUUGUUGCUGGAGCGCUGGGACCGACCAAUCGGACGGCAUCGAUCUCGCCGGAUGUCAAUGAUCCCGGAUAUCGGGCUGUUUCCUUCGACGAUCUCAGGAUUUCCUAUGCGGAGGCAGCGCGUGGCCUGAUCGCCGGAGGCGCGGAUAUUCUUCUGGUCGAGACCAUUUUCGACACGCUCAACGCCAAAGCCGCCCUGUUUGCCAUCGACGAGGUUUUUGAGGAAAUCGGCAGGAUCCUGCCGGUGAUGAUCUCAGGCACGAUAACCGAUCUGUCCGGCCGCACGCUCUCCGGGCAAACGCCGGAAGCCUUCUGGAACUCGGUCCGCCAUGCGGAGCCGUUCACCGUCGGUCUCAACUGCGCUCUCGGAGCGAAGGAAAUGCGCGCCCAUGUCGACGAGCUCGGCCGGGUUGCCGAUACGCUUGUCUGCGCUUACCCGAAUGCGGGAUUGCCGAACGAAUUCGGCGAGUAUGACGAGAGUCCCGAACAUAUGGCCGGGUUGCUUGAGGAAUUUGCGUCAGCCGGCCUCGUCAACGUUGUUGGCGGGUGUUGCGGCACGACACCGGCCCAUGUCAGGGCAAUUGCUGAUGCCGUUGCCGACAAGACACCGCGUCCGAUUCCUGAAGUCGCACGGCAUAUGCGCUUGUCCGGACUCGAACCGUUUGUGCUGACCAAGGAAACCAACUUCGUCAAUAUCGGUGAACGGACCAACGUCACGGGUUCGGCCCGUUUCCGGCGCCUCAUCAAGGAAGGCGAUUAUGCGACGGCACUCGAUGUGGCCCGGCAACAGGUCGAAAAUGGCGCCCAGAUCAUUGAUGUGAACAUGGAUGAGGGGCUUCUGGAUUCAGAAGAUGCCAUGGUCACGUUUCUCAACCUUGUUGCCGCCGAGCCGGAUAUUGCCCGGGUGCCGGUCAUGAUCGACAGUUCCAAGUGGAGCGUCAUCGAGGCAGGGCUGAAAUGCAUCCAGGGCAAGGGUGUCGUCAAUUCGAUCUCCAUGAAAGAGGGCGAGGACGCGUUCAUCGAACAGGCCCGUUUGAUCCGCCGGUAUGGCGCCGCCGUUGUCGUCAUGGCUUUUGACGAGAAGGGGCAGGCGGAUACCUUCGAAAGAAAGACCGAAAUCUGUGCCCGUUCUUAUGAACUUUUGACCGGCGUCGUCGGGUUCCCACCGGAAGACAUUAUCUUCGAUCCCAAUAUUUUCGCCGUUGCAACAGGGAUCGAGGAGCACAACAACUACGGUGUCGAUUUCAUCGAGGCGACCGGCUGGAUACGCGAAAAUCUGCCCCAUGCCCAUGUUUCGGGCGGUGUAUCGAACCUGUCGUUCUCAUUCCGCGGCAAUGAGGCGGUGCGUGAAGCAAUGCACUCCGUAUUCCUGUACCACGCCAUUCAGCGUGGCAUGGAUAUGGCAAUCGUCAACGCAGGCCAGCUUGCAGUCUACAAUGACCUCAGUGCCGAUCUUCGCGACCAUUGCGAAGACGUCGUGCUGAACCGCCGUGACGAUGCGACGGACAGGAUGCUUGAUGCGGCCGAACGCUGGAAAGGCGAAGGCGGCAAGAAAAGGGAAGCCGAUCUCACUUGGCGCACCUGGGGUGUUGCCAAGCGCCUGGAGCAUGCUCUUGUUCAUGGCAUUGAUGACUACGUUGUCGAGGAUACCGAGGAAGCACGCCAGGCAUUCGAUCGUCCUUUGCAUGUGAUCGAAGGUCCGCUGAUGGAUGGAAUGAACGUGGUCGGCGACCUGUUCGGCUCCGGCCAGAUGUUCCUGCCACAGGUGGUGAAGUCCGCGCGCGUGAUGAAAAAGGCCGUCGCGUAUCUGAUGCCUUUCAUGGAAAAGGAGAAAGCGGAACUUGGUCUGACCGGACAUUCGUCUGCAGGCAAGAUCCUGAUGGCGACCGUGAAGGGUGAUGUGCAUGACAUCGGCAAGAACAUCGUCGGCGUCGUGCUCCAGUGCAACAAUUUCGAGGUCAUCGAUCUCGGUGUAAUGGUACCGGCAGCCAAAAUCCUGGAAACGGCGAAAGAGGAAAAGGUGGACAUGAUCGGCUUGAGCGGGCUGAUCACUCCUUCGCUCGAUGAAAUGUGCCAUGUCGCGGCCGAGCUGGAGCGUGAAAACAUGGAACUGCCGCUGUUGAUUGGCGGUGCGACGACAUCGAAAAUCCACACCGCCGUGAAGAUUCACCCGAACUACGCGCGCGGACAGGCGAUCUACGUAACCGAUGCCGGGCGGGCCGUCGGCGUUGCGACCAAACUGAUGAGCGAAGGCGCGCGCGAACCUUAUUUUGCCGAUGUACGCACGGAGUAUGCCGACGUUGCCGAAAAACAUGCCGCCAGCCGGGGGACGCAGAAACGCGCUUCUAUCGUGACGGCCCGGAAAAAUGCGUUCAAGUGCGACUUUGAAGGCAAGCCACCGAUUGCGCCCAGAAAGCCCGGACGUACCGUGUUUGACGACUUUCCGCUGGAAGAGCUCGUGCCGGUGAUUGACUGGACGCCGUUCUUCGCGACCUGGGAGAUCAAGGGGCGGUAUCCGGGCGUCCUCACGGACAACCGAUAUGGUCCGGCAGCCAAGGCGCUUUACGACGAUGCCCGCCGGAUGCUGGAUGAGAUCGUUGAAAAGAAGCUUUUGACGGCACGCGGUGUUGCCAGUAUCUGGCCGGCCAACGCGGUCGGGGACGACAUACGCCUCUUUACCGAUGAAAGCAGGUCUGCAGAACUGGCCACGUUCCAUACGUUGCGGCAGCAAAUGUCCCGCAAUGCGGGCGGGCGGGCCAAUGUUGCACUCAGCGAUUUCGUGGCGCCUCACGAGAGCGGUGUUGAUGACUGGCUCGGCGGGUUCGCGGUAACGGCAGGUCACGGCGAAGACGAGCUCGCGGCCCGGUAUGCCCGCGAAAGCGACGACUACAACAAGAUCCUGUCCCAGGCGCUCGCGGACCGGCUCGCGGAAGCCUUUGCGGAAAAACUGCACCAGAUCGUUCGCAAGGACGUGUGGGGUUACGCCACAGAUGAAACUCUUUCGGCCGAGGAAAUCAUUGCCGAGAAUUAUCAGGGCAUUCGUCCGGCGGCUGGCUAUCCGGCCCAGCCGGACCACACCGAAAAGGAUACCCUGUUCCGCCUUCUGGAUGCGGAAAGGCUCACCGGAAUCCAGUUGACGGAAAGCCGUGCGAUGCUUCCAGGGUCGUCGGUUUCCGGACUGUAUCUUGCCCACGCGGACAGCCACUAUUUUGGCGUCGGCAAGAUCGAAAGAGACCAGGUCGAAGACUAUGCUGCACGAAAGGGCUGGGAUCUCGGCCUGGCAGAACGCUGGUUGGCGCCGAUACUGAACUACGAUCCGGCGCGCAUGGAAGCUGCAGAGUAG